AUGGAGAAAUACUCCCAGUUUCGAGACAGAGGAUCUGGAAUUGCUCCGUUCUUCCCCGUUCAAACUUCAAGUGUGGGAAUCUAUGCGCCCGUCUACCUUUUCCUUUUCCUCUUCAAACUACCAUUCUUCCUCACAGCAUCCACGACAUAUUUUCUCUUCUUACAAUGGUUUCCGCUGGGGUCGCUACUCAAGAAAGCAAUAUUAUGGAUGAUACUUGGGAUACCGGGAGUGUGGUGGAUAGACCUACAGAUUGACGGAGUAAAGAAAGGUUCAUUGGCAAAGAAACAUGAAGGACGGGUACCCGAGCCUUCGGAUAUUAUCGCAAGUUCCUUUACAUCGCCUUUGGAUUCUUUAUAUUUGGCUGCUAUUUUCGAUCCUAUAUUCACAGUAUCGUACCCUCAUACCCGUCAGGUUCAUCAAAUCUCCCUUCUUGGCGCAAUCUUUCGCGCUCUACAAAGUCCCAAAGAAUACCCACCCAAAGGCGCAAAAAUGACUGAUUUGACCGCUCUCCUUAUUUGCUACCCUGGACGAGCCAUCGUGGUCUUCCCCGAAUCUACGACCACCAAUGGAAAAGGAAUACUACCCGUGAGCCCCAGUCUCCUGACUGCUCCAUCAGGAACCAAAAUCUUUCCUAUCAGUUUGCGCUACUCGCCCUCGGAUAUCACAACACCUAUCCCUGGGAAAUACUGGUCAUUUUUCUGGAAUCUUCUCUCGAGACCUACACAUUGUAUCAAAGUACGAAUCGCCGAGGUCGUAUACAACACAUCCAAGCCUGACGACCCUUUGAAAAAAAGGGAUUCUAAAUAUCUAAAAAAUCUCCUCGAUGAUGUUAACGGAGACACUACAUACACAAGUAGCACUGAUAGUCUCACAUCAAAGAAUGAUCAAUCCGCGGAAACAACAUCGGAAGAACAGCGUGUCUUGGAUAAAGUCGGGGAAGCGUUGGCACGAUUAGGAAGAGUCAAACGUGUAGGUUUGACCGUGCAGGACAAGAUUGCAUUUGUGGAUGCAUGGAAUAAGAGGAGAUAG